GCCGACGCAGGCUCCACCCAAGUUGUCUAUUUAUCGUCUCUGCUAUCGGCUGGAACGAUAGCUGGAUGUGCUCGAGUAAAAAUGGCGAAAUAUCAUGCGUGUGUAUAUCUUCAGAAAAGGUCGAGUCCACAACUUAUAGGUCCAGGUAUAACGCCAACUCCAGGCAUGCCACUCAAUGAACCCGGACGGUGCGAUCGCUGGAAAGCCUAGCACCCAGGCCGUCGGCGAACAGGAAACCGACAAACGGCCGGUUCGCCGUCUUGACAUGCGCAAAUCAGUCUGUCAAGUUCAACCUGGAUAACGAAGCAGAUCAGGCACAGCAGCUCCUCCCUUCCCGCCUCUUGCCCUCCUCAGCCAGCCCGAGUUCUUCUCCACCGCCGGGCUCGGCUCGACUUUCCACUUCUUUCGCUUUCGUCCAGCUCCAGGAGAUACCGCACUUAUCUAUGACAACUUGAAUUGGAAGAGUAUAAAGUACAGCGGUCCCACAAUGAAGAAAGCUUCGUCGGACUGCUUGCUCCCCGCUGCCGCCACCCUCCGUUCAUAGCCAUGUCUGGGUCUACGCUGCUCCAGAGAGUUAACAGCGCUGUCAAACUCCGUGGCGAAGAGGGAAAGCACGAAAAGACGAACGCUUGGUCGAAUCGUGAUCUCAUUCCUCUUCCACCUGCGCGCAGGACUUGGGGCUUCUUCGAGUUCUUCGGUUUCUGGACGCUCGGCUCCCUCAACGUCGCGACAUGGCAGACACCAAACACGUUCCUCACCGCUGGCCUCUCUGUAGGACAAGCCUUGGGCGUCAUCAUCGUCGGUCGUGCCAUCAUCGGUCUCUUCGCCACGCUCGUCGCUUGGUGUGGCCUCAAGUAUCACAUUGGUUACACCGUCCAGAAUCGCUACUCGUGGGGCAUGCGCGCAAGCUACAUCCCCCUCCUUCAACGUAUCCUAUUGAACUUCAUCUGGAACGCCUCACAAGCAUGGACGGGCGGCAAGCUCGUCGCAGUCUGCAUCACCGCUAUAUUCCCCUCAUUCGCGAACCUCCCUGAUUCCCUCCCUGCGUCCUUCCCCGCCUCAUCCCGCGACAUGGUCGGUUUCUUCAUCUUCUGGUUGUUUUCCCUUCCUUUCCUGUGGGUCCCGCCCGAGAAAUUCCGGAGGCCGUUCCAGGUUACGAGUAUUUAUUGUGGGCUUGGUAUGGUUUGCAUGCUCAUCUGGUCCCUCAGCGUCGCCCGCGGUGUCGGCCCCAUCUUCUACCGCGCCAACACCCUCUCCUCCUCCUCCUCCUCCUCCUCUAGCUCCUCCUGGUCCACCGCCUGGAUCAUGCUCAAAUGCAUCAACUCCACCAUAGGCGGCAAAGCCGCCGGCAUGACCAACGGCUCCGAUUUCUCUCGCUACGGCAAACGCAAGCGCGACUUCAUCCUCGGCACCUUUACCUGCCUGUUCUGCGUGGGCACGUUGGUGAGUUUCGUGGGAUUGGUGGUGACGGCGGCGGGAGAGAAGAUUUAUGGGACUGUUUAUUGGAAUCCGCCGGAUUUGUUGAUGAGGAUGAUGAGUGAUGGGGGGGGGAGUGGGAAGGCGAGGGCGGGGGUUUUCUUUUUGGCGUUGGGGUUUGCGUUGACUUCCGGCUUCGAAAACAUCUGCGGUAACGCCGUCGCAGGCGGUAUCGACCUCGCCGGUCUCUUCCCCCGCUAUAUCUCCAUCCGCCGCGGAGCCCUCAUCACCUUCUUUGCCGCAUGGAUCGUCCAGCCGUGGCAGCUCGUGAAUAAAGCGACGACGUUCCUCACCGUCAUCUCCUCCUUCUCUGUUUUCCUCGCGCCGAUUAUGGGGAUUAUGUGUGCGGAUUUCUUUGUCCUUAGGAAACAGAAGGUUAGGCUUUCGGACCUAUACCGAGCGCCGGGAGAGGGGCGGAUGGAUGGGACGGGGAUGCCGGUGGAGGUCGUAAGAGGGAAGGCAGGAGGGGAGGGAGGAGGAGGAGGAGAGGGGCAGGGACAAGAGCACGAUUAUUGGUUCUGGCAUGGUGUGAAUUGGAGGGUGUUUCCGGCUUGGUUGGCCGGCUGGGCGCCGACGAUUGGAGGGUUGGUGGCUACUGCGAAGCCGAUUGGGGAUGCGGCGAGGCCGGUGUUCGAGCUUUAUUAUAUUAGUUUUUUCCUUGGCUUCUUCAUCUCCUUCAUCCUCUUCUACACCCUCAACGUUCUCUUCCCGCCCCCCGGCCUCGGCGCCUCCGACGACACCGACAUCUUCGGCGCCUUCUCCAGGGCCGAAUGCAGGAAACUCGGCAUCGCGCCGAAUCCGGAUUCCGCACCCGAGUCGUCAGAGGGAGGGUCGGAGGGAAGUGAUGUGGAGUCGCUGGAGGGGGAGAAGGUGCCGGUGACAGUCAGGGAGGGUGUGGUGGGGGUGCCGGUUGUUGAGAAGUCGUAGGUUAUGGUUUAUUUU